CUCCUCCGCACACCACCAUAUGGGCGCAGCUUUCUCUCAAUCAUCUCCAAGAAUCAUGUCUCCCGCCGUCAAGUCCAAGGUCGACAAGGCCAUCGCCGACAACAAGAUCGCCGUCUUCUCCAAGUCUUACUGCCCAUACUGCAAGCAGGCUAAGAACACCCUCUCCCAGCUCGGUAUCAAGUUCUACGUCCUCGAGCUCGAUGAGGUAGACGACGGUGCCCAGAUCCAGGAUUACCUCCAGGAGAAGACUGGACAGCGUACCGUCCCUAACAUCUUCAUCAACGGGCAGCACCUUGGUGGAAACUCUGACUUGCAGACCAAGAAGUCUACUGGCGAGUUGGAGAAGCUCCUUGCUUAAGCUACUGCUCUAGGUGAGGAAGGAAAGAAGAAUUGUGUACGA